CGACCACGCAAUACCUCCACCGCCUGUCCUUGUCUCAACUUCCUCACCUCCUCCCUUUCCUACCUAUAUACACUUCUUUCGAACCCUCCUCCCCUCCUCGUCUUCGUCGUCCUUCCCUUGUCCUGAAAUAUAUGGUUGCUCUCCCACCUUCCACCAAUAGAUGAGGGGCUUUGACGGAUCGCAGUCUGUAUUGACUGCCGCUGGACGUUUUCCACCCCAGCUGGAAUUGACAGCAUCACCACACCUGCUCCAGAAUAAUCCUCUAUGUGGUGAUCCAGAGGGUUGGGGCCCAGUCAGCUUGCUUCGUUGGGAUUUCACACCAUGUUUCCUCGACCUGUGGAUCAUCGGCGUCGCCCUUUGGGGUCUGAUCUUUGGAGCAGGUGCAUUGUGGUAUCUCUUUACCAAACGCUCUGCACAGGAAGUUCCUAAGAACUGGCACUUCUAUGCGAAACUGUACCUCCUCUACCGCCUUUGCCUCUUCUCCCAUCAUUCUGCUGACUCCAUCUCAGUUCUAUCCUCUCCGCGAUACUCCUUGCCACUGCCCUCCAAGCUGCCCUUCAAAUCGAACAACUCCCUUCAAUCUGGUUCAGAGACAUCAGAUUCUACACUUCCAUCGUAACAAUCUUCUCCCUCGGCGUUAUCUUUGCUGUACAAUACCACGAGCACUCGAGGUCGAGAACCCCAAAUGGAGUCGUUCUCUUUUACUGGGUCUUCUUCAUCCUCGCCUAUGCCGUCAAGCUGCGCUCUUUGGUCGCAAGAAAAGCUUACCUCGAUCGUCUACCCUACUUUGUUACCUUCAACGCAACUAUUCUUCUCGCCAUCUUCGAAUUCCUCCUCGAGUAUGCGGUUCCCAAGAAACAGAGCCCGUACGACGCUCUUGGUGCCGAGGAUGAAUGUCCCGCCGAGUACGCCGACGUUUUUUCCAUCCUCUGGUUUAGCUGGAUGACCCCAAUGAUGAAGUUUGGCUAUACAAACUAUCUGACUCAGGAUGAUUUGUGGAAUUUGCGCAAUAGGGAUACAACAAAGACCACGGGAGAGAGCCUUCAACAUUCUUGGGAACGAGAGCUCGAAAAGAAAUCUCCAAGCCUAUGGAUUGCCCUGGCCAGGUCCUUUGGCGGACCCUAUCUCCGUGGCGCCAUGAUCAAAACCGUCAGCGAUUGCCUCGCCUUUGUUCAGCCUCAAUUGCUCCGACUCUUGAUCAAUUUCGUCGAGUCUUACAAAACCGGCCAUGAACCUGAGCCCGCCAUCCGCGGUGUGGCUAUUGGCCUGGCCAUGUUCGCCACCUCCAUGGGCCAAACUGCCGCACUUCAUCAAUACUUCCAGCGCGCGUUUGAGACGGGCAUGAGAGUCAAAUCCUCCCUCACCGCCAUGAUCUAUGCCAAGUCGUUACGACUCUCCAACGAGUCUCGUGCCACAAAGUCCACCGGUGACAUCGUCACAUAUAUGAGCGUUGAUCAACAACGUCUUGCUGAUCUCGCCCAGUGGGGUCAACAAGUCUGGUCCGCUCCCUUCCAGAUCACCCUCUGUAUGAUUUCCCUCUAUCAGUUGGUCGGUGUUUCAUGCUUUGCUGGCGUCGCUGCCAUGAUAAUCAUGAUUCCCAUCAACGGUUUCAUCGCCAGAUUCAUGAAGAAGCUACAGCUCUCGCAAAUGAAAUACAAGGAUCGCCGUUCCAGAUUGAUGACCGAGAUUCUCAACAACAUGAAGAGCAUCAAGCUGUACGCUUGGGGCUCCGCCUUUACGGAGAAGUUGAGCCAUGUCCGCAAUGAUCUCGAGCUCAACAACCUCCGCAAGAUCGGUGCUGCUCAGUCUUUUGCAACAUUUACGUGGUCCUCCACCCCCUUCUUUGUGUCAUGCUCCACUUUUGCCGUCUUCGUUUUGAUCAACGACAAGCCCUUAACCACCGAUCUGGUGUUCCCAGCUUUGACCUUGUUCAAUCUGUUGACAUUUCCUUUGACGGUCCUGCCCAUGGUCAUCACAAGUAUCGUCGAGGCUAGCGUCGCGGUCGGCCGCCUGACUACCUUUUUUACAGCCGAUGAAUUGCAAGACGAUUCCGUUCGAAUGAUCGAUCAGCCUUCUGCAAACAAGGGCGACGUGUCCGUAUCGAUCACAGAUGCCACCUUCACUUGGGACAAGAACCAAGACCAGACUGUGCUCAAAGACAUCAAUUUCAAAGCAAACAAGGGCGAACUGACCUGCAUUGUGGGACGCGUUGGCGCCGGCAAAUCCUCGCUCUUGCAGUCACUCCUCGGUGAUCUCUGGAAGAUCAAAGGCGAUGUCGUGGUCCGUGGAAGAAUCGCGUACGCCGCACAAUCCGCCUGGAUCAUGAACGCCACCGUCAAGGAGAAUAUUGUCUUUGGACAUCGGUGGGAUCCCCACUUUUACAACCAAACCGUCAACGCCUGCGCCCUCGCCGACGACUUUCGCCAACUUCCCGAUGGUGAUCAAACUGAAGUGGGAGAGCGUGGAAUUUCCCUUUCAGGUGGCCAGAAAGCUCGGUUAAGCUUGGCCCGAGCGGUGUAUGCGAGAGCAGAUGUAUACAUACUCGACGACGUUCUGUCUGCCGUCGACCAACACGUUGGCAGACACUUGAUCGACAACGUUCUGGGACCUAACGGUCUUCUCAGCGGGAAAGCCCGAAUUCUAGCCACGAAUGCGGUGAAUGUUCUGAAGGAGGCGGAUUAUAUGUAUCUCAUUCGCGAGGGAGUCAUCUUUGAAAAGGGAACGUAUCUCCAACUCAUGGCCAUGCGUGGAGAGAUAGCUACAUUGAUCAAGUCCACGACUACAGAUGCCGGACAAGAGUCUGAUGGCGAGAGGAGCCCUAGCAUCGAAGGGCUCGACUCGGAUGAUUCGGCGACCGCAGUCGCAAGUGCGGUGCUUGAGCAAUUGGACGCCGAGGAGGCCGAAGAGUCACGACAGGAAGUCGGCGGGCUGGCUCCCAUCCGACCUGGACCGCUGGGACCAUCUACUGCCAGGAAAUCGAGCUUCAACACGCUGCGAAGAGCGUCCACCGCCAGUUUCCAUGGUCCCAUGGGACGCACUAAUGAUGAAGAGGCUGGGCAAAAAACGAAGCAGAGCAAAGAGACUUCAGAACAAGGAAAAGUCAAAUGGUCUGUCUACACCACUUACGCCAAAGAGAGCAACCUCAUCGCAGUCGGCAUCUAUUUUGUGGCGCUGUUGGCCGCACAGAGUGCCCAGAUUGGUGGGAGUUUCUGGUUAAAGAGAUGGUCGGAAAUCAAUGAGAAGUUCGAUUCAAACCCGCAAGUGGGUAAAUAUAUUGGUAUCUACUUUGCAUUUGGUAUCGGCGGCGCAGCACUCGUGGUGAUACAGACGUUGCUUCUCUGGAUUUUUUGUUCGAUUGAGGCUUCUCGAAAACUCCAUGAUCGAAUGGCGCAUGCCAUCUUCCGUUCACCCAUGAGCUUCUUUGAAACGACGCCGAUUGGCCGCAUCCUCAACCGGUUCUCCAGUGAUAUAUAUCGUGUGGAUGAAGUGAUCGCGCGUACCUUCAACAUGCUUUUCGUCAACACUGGGCGGGCUUUUUUCACCAUUGGAGUGAUAGCUGCAUCUACCCCGGCAUUCCUGAUUCUGGCGAUCCCCUUGGGCAUCGUAUAUAUCGUGUACCAGAAAUACUAUCUUCGUACGUCACGCGAGUUGAAACGACUUGACAGCGUCAGCCGCAGCCCGAUUUAUGCACACUUUCAGGAGUCUCUGGGAGGAGUUUCGACCAUUCGUGCAUAUCGACAGCAAGCUCGCUUCACGAAGGAGAACGAGUGGCGCAUGGAUGCUAAUUUGAGAGCGUACUUUCCAUCUGUCAGUGCCAAUCGAUGGCUGGCGGUUCGCCUCGAGUUUCUCGGAUCCGUCAUCAUCUUUGCCGCAGCCACGUUUGCCAUCAUCUCAGUGACGACCGGCAGCGGCCUGUCAGCCGGCAUGGUGGGCUUGGCAAUGUCAUAUGCGCUACAGAUCACGCAGUCGUUGAACUGGAUUGUGCGUCAAACCGUCGAAGUCGAAACCAACAUUGUCUCGGUGGAGCGGGUGUUGGAAUAUGCCAAUCUCCCCAGUGAAGCACCAGACGUUAUUUUCAAAAGUCGGCCGAGCAUUGGCUGGCCGGCUCACGGUCAGAUCACGAUCAAGGACUAUUCGACACGGUAUCGAGAAGGAUUGGAUCCGGUAUUGAAGAACAUUUCCCUGAGUAUCAAAGCGCGGGAAAAGAUCGGGGUGGUCGGUCGGACAGGCGCGGGCAAAAGUUCCCUGACCCUGGCACUGUUUCGGAUAAUUGAACCGACAUCCGGUCACAUCAGCAUCGAUGGUCUCAACACCUCGAGUAUCGGGCUCCUGGACCUGCGGAGACGUCUUGCGAUUAUCCCACAGGAUGCGGCGCUCUUUGAGGGCUCGGUUCGUGAUAAUCUCGAUCCUCGACAUGUGCACGACGACACAGAGUUGUGGAGCGUGUUGGAACAUGCGCGCCUGAAGGAUCAUGUGGCGGGAAUGCCAGGCCAAUUAGACGGAGCGAUACAUGAAGGUGGGUCCAACUUGAGUCAAGGCCAACGACAGCUGGUGUCGUUGGCGCGGGCGUUGUUGACUCCCAGCAACAUCCUUGUCCUGGACGAGGCGACGGCCGCCGUGGAUGUCGAGACCGACAAGAUGCUCCAGGCCACGCUCCGGAACACCGUGUUUGACAAUCGUACCAUCAUCACCAUCGCUCAUCGUAUCAACACAAUCUUGGACUCGGAUCGCAUUGUGGUUCUGCAGCAGGGUAAGGUGGCGGAGUUUGAUACGCCGGAGCAGCUCAUCAAAAACAGGGGUCUCUUCUACGAACUGGUGCGUGAAGCAGGCCUGCUGGAGACGUUCAGUCAGCCCAAGGGCGACGAGAAUGGCGUUGGCCGCUAGAUGGUGGUGGCACGAUGGCGCCGGGGAAGCACGAUGAACAUUUAGCUCAACCAGACUUUCGGUAUAGAUUGUCUCAGGCGGACAGAUCGACGAGUACAGCAGACGCCCAAAUUGUGGCGGCACGGGCGCGUUCUAUGGCCAACUGUGGGCGACAGCGAGAUGCAGAUCGAGAUGCCAAGGCCAAGGCCAAAGCCAAAGCAACAUGCUUUCAACAACAGGACCCGGUUGCAUGAGAUCAAUAGCGUCGGAGUCAGGGUGAGGUUCAGGCUACACAAGCUGCAGGCAGAUCCCGGCGUGCGCGUGAGACUGGGCCAAUCAACCUCGCUAGUGGGCUAGCGUCCGGUUUUUCUACGACAGCCUCAUAACAUCAUUAGGAGGGGAAAAUCAGGAGGGGAAAAUCAGGAGGCGCACCGUCUCUGUUUUCGGAUCAUGUGUGGCCAAGGCCUAGUGGCACGCAGCCCAUGUCGCAACCCAUGUCUAUGUCGGCAUCUGGCCUGAUGUGCCUGGACGCUGACUGUUGUGUUACGUUGAAUGCAAAGGACCGACGGAGACUCGAGACUGAAGCAGAAUUCAUGUCCUUGGUCCCGCAUUGUAUGGUGAGAUUAUGUCCCCCGAAUCAAUGAUGGGGGGACAGGUCGUGAUCAUGAUAUUGAUUACGUGGAAGAGGGGAGUAAAUUUGGAUAUUUAAUCAGCUUGAAUUGAGGAGUGUUGGAUCAGGUAUGUGAUCCUGAAGUUGAGGCUGUUGUAUGUACAUAUUGUUUUUGGAAUACCAAGUCUGUGGCUGUGGUUGUGGUUGUGGUUAUGGUUAUGGUCGUCUUUGUAGAGUUCUCAAGGUGUUGAGGUGUCCGAGAAUCAGGCAAAAGUCAAAAGUCAAAAAAGAAAAUCCAAGUGUCACGGCUGUACAAACGAGCGAUGAUGGAUGGCGUGUAGGG